UGUGAUUGUCAAUUCGAUAAAUGGCGGAUUUAGGCAAAUGUAUUGAACCGCGUAUGUUAUCAUAAUUUAAUAAAAGUUCGGAAGUGAAUUAAAACAUUCAUAUUUAAUUUAUUGUAACAGUUUAUAAAUUACUCGACAACCUUAAAUUUCCAAUAUGUCUCGGUCAGCGCGGGCGGACACAAGAAACAGAGUCAAAGAUGAUAUCAAAAGAGUCAUGCAAGCUGUUGAAAAAGUUCGCCAUUGGGAGAAAAAGUGGGUGACCAUUGGUGAAACCACUAUGAAGAUAUAUAAAUGGGUGCCGAUAUCCACGAAUGAACAGAAGAAAAAGCAUGCCGCUAAACGGGAAAAUAAAGAAAAUACCCUGACACCUAAGAAGAUGCACGAUUCCUCGAACUCAAACUUCGGAAUGGCUGAGGAUUCCAAUACAUGUUUCUCUACAGUAAGUGACUCACAAGGGCCAACUGACUUUGCUUCAUCCCAUAUGAACUUCUCUGAGGACUCCAAUUCACAAAGUAGUGGGACGACAACACCAGCGAAACGGUUAAAAACGGACUGAAAGCGCGGGCUCUAGUCUGCUUGGAUUCAGUGAUAAUUUAUUUUGAAGUGAUUUAAGUGAGUGGGUGUUAUGUUACUAUAAAGUACAAUGUUUAUUAUUUAAGAUAUUCUGUAUAAGUUCAUGUGUUCUAUGGUUGUAACAAUUUGGUGGUCAGGCAACAUGCAACAAACAUAAGCUGAAUAUGAUUUAGGCAUAUUCUUUUUUUUGGAUCUUAUGUGAGUUUAUUUAGUAAUUAUCUAUAUGUAUGAUAAAGAAAUGAAAAACUGUGUCCAUACAUUAAAGAUAUUAAAAAAUUAUAAUGGAAGGGAGUAAAAAAAAUACUAAAAAGGGUUUGAGUAACAUUAUUUGACAAGAUGCUGUGAUCAUACGAUCAGACGCGAUAAAUGUAUAUACAAUCUAGAUAAACAAAAGAUAUGACUGAUUUUAAAUGUAAAAUAUAGCCAUAUAUUUCAUUUUAAAUCAGUCAUAAAGCAGUAAAAAUUAUACAAAUUAUAAAAUGAUGAAUGUUUUUAAGGCAUGUUUUAAUUGAAACUAAAAUUCUCAUUUUACCUAUUAUUACAUUAUACUUUUGAAAGUACCACCAGUGGUUUGAGUUUUCACAAUCAAUUUUGUAUCCAAAAUGUACACAGUAUGAAGUACUCGAAAUAUUCUUACUACCAACAUGAAAAUGUUUCAGGAAGUUUGUCAAAUAGUUGUCACACAGGUUUACUUGUAAUUUUAUAUGAUUCACUCUAAUAAUUCACAGAAAUUAUUUGGCUAUGCUUUGCCAAGAGAUAUUGUGCCUAGGUUAUAUGUAAAGCAGCAAGAGCUUUCAGAUAUGAAUAAAUAGGAACUGAGGAGUUACAUAUAAUUACCAGUUGUGCUCUCCAGACACUUGGUAUUAGUAGUUCAUUUAAAUAUAAAUGCAGCAAAUAUACAUUAUGACAAGUUAGGUUGUGGGUGAAUGAUAGUUUUGAUGUGUUUGUGGAAAAUUAAUGUAUGCAAUGAACACAUGUAAAGCUUUUCUGGUUAGAUUUUCUUAUUAGAUUUAUUUUGACUUUCUUAUUUGUAGCAUAUGCUACAAUUAUAUGAAGAAAUUAGAUAAAAGAAAGAUCACAAUUUAUGUACAUGGUGUUAUGUGCUUGGUUAAUUCAGCUGAAUUAUAGUAGAAUUAUAGUACUAAGAAUUUAUUUAUGUGGAGGAUAAAUAUCAGAGGUGUAAUUGUGUUAUUGUGACACUUCCAUGUUCUAUAGCCUCCAUAGAAUAAUUGUUCUUUAUUACAUGAAUUAUAAUUCUUGGAAUUGUUUUGACUUAAAAUUUUGCAUUUAAUAAUUCAUUUAAGAUGCAUGUGUCUUUUGAUUUUAUUUAUAAAUGCAUGACAAGAAAUGAAAUGAUACAGACAAUUUUUAUUAUUUGUUGUCACUCUCAGGAUAAUGGUCUUCAUUAGUAUAGGUAUGUGUUAAAAAAAUUAAAUAUUGUGAAUAAUAAGACACAAAUAAUAUUAAAUUUAGGAAAAUCUCGUCUAGUUAUUGUGCAUUUUCAUUAAUGUUAAGUAAAGAUUUUUAUGUUCGUGACAAUGUUGUGAUUUACCUACUUAACAAAGAAUCCAUACAAAUAUUAAUGAAUUAUUGAAUUAUUAUAGAUUGAGUUUUUAUUUGAUUUUUUAAUGAAUUGUAAGAAUUAAUAAAAAUUUAAAGCGCGCAAUUUAUUCAAAACAAGAAAACGAGAUUUAUGAUCUAUAUUACCACAGUAUAAAUAAAAAGCAUACAAUGGUACAACAUGCGUAGCAUAGUAAAGGGCUAAAAAAUCGCGGUUUUCAAUAAUAGAAAAUAAUAUGCUAAUGAAGAAAACGAUACUUUAACCGCGCGAAAGCCCCUAAAUAAUGUCCCGAGCUGUUGCUGCGAGCUGCAUGGCGUAUGUAGCCGCGUUCCUCGCCCCUUGCCCCCCACACGAUGACCUGUCAGACGACUUGGUUGACCGACUAUAUGGAUUAUUAGACUGAAAUUAUUGCUUGAAUAAUUUCUAUAUUAUAGGCUGGUUAUUGAAAAGUCAAUGUAAUGAAUUUUAAUGUAAUUUCUAAAUAAAAUGUAUUCUCCAUCUCAAACAUUUUUAAUUAAUUAAGUUGAAUGUUUGUAAAUAUUUUUCUGAGAGCUAUGUUUCAUUUUACUUUCUUAUUUAGAACAGUAAUACCAUAUCUAUAUAAUAACGUAACGUUGUGGUUAUAAAGAAGUCAUAGCUCUGAAAAACUGUUUUUGUAAAUAUAAUACAUAAAAAAUGAAAAAUGUAAGGUAUCUUCCAAAUAUUUGGUCAAUGUGAAAAAUGCAUUAUCGUACCAUAUAGCUGGAUCGCCAGUUAAAAUACAUUAUUAAAAAUAUUCGUGUGAAAUAGCAUGUAAUAUAUUUAACAUCUAACCAGUUAGCACAAUGCCAGAUGGUAUGUGACUUGAUUUCUCAAGAAUGGGCUUGCUUCAAUGAUUGGAAGAUUGUUAAUAAAGGCACAAACAAAAAGUAACAAACAGUUAUUAUAUAAUUUAUAAAUCCCUGUAAAUUAAACAUGUAAUAAAUAAGAAAACAGCAUUUGUAAGUAUUAAUGUACCAGAAAAAAACCUACUCUGAAUUGUAGUAAAGAUAUACUGAGAUUAUAAGAUGGUUCUUGAG